AUGCAUCCAGUUCGUCACAGCGACUCCACUCAUGGCGCUUUCGGCUCUCUGGCAUUUGGCAUUGGAACAUCGCAAGUCGAACAUGUGCUUGCUACCCAGACCCUCCUGCAAAAGAAAGCCAAAAACAGUCGCAUUGCUGUCGACGGCGACUUGCUUGAAGGCGUUACCUCCAAAGACGUCAUUCUCCACGUUAUUGAGGUGAUCGGCACUGCGGGUGGAACCGGCUGCGUUAUCGAGUAUGCUGGGUCUGUGUUUCGUGGAUUGUCGAUGGAGGCGCGCAUGAGCGUCUGCAACAUGAGUAUAGAGGCUGGUGCUCGCGCUGGCAUGGUCCCCCCAGACGAAAUCACCUUUGACUACCUCCGAAGUCGUCCAUUGGCGCCAAAAGGUGAAGCCUGGGACCACGCAGAAACCUACUGGUGCUCUCUCAAAACUGACGAUGGCGCGAAAUUCCACAUCGAAGGCACCUCCACUCAAGACACUGUCCCCAUUACUGGCCCCGUCCCUGAUCCAGCAACUAUUGUGGACCGUGUCAAACGGGCUUCGGCAGAGCGUUCGUUGACGCAUAUGGGUCUCACUCCCAACACUCGCAUGGAGGAUAUCAAAGUCGACAAAGUUUUCAUUGGGUCGUGUACCAACAGCCGAAUCGAAGACUUGCGAUCUGCCGCGAAAAUUGUCCUUGCUGCGGGUCCCAAUGCUCAGGUUGCUUCUGGAGUGGAUGCCAUGGUUGUCCCCGGCUCUGGUCCGAUCAAGAAGCAAGCCGAGGCAGAGCGAGUUGAUACGCUCUUUAAACGCGCUGGUUUCGACUGGAGAGAGGCUGGUUGUUCGAUGUGUCUGGGUAUGAAUCCUGACCAGCUUUUGCCUGGUCAACGUUGCGCGAGUACCAGCAACCGCAACUUUGAAGGGCGACAAGGCUCAGGUGGUCGGACUCAUCUGCUUAGUCCAGCAAUGGCGGCUGCGGCGGCGAUGACAGGCAAGCUGACUGAUGUCCGCAAAUUUAUGGGAGCCGUCGCUGAAGCCAAUAUUGCUGCCGCACCGAAACUGAAGGUUGCGAGUGCUUUCGACUCUUUGGAUGAUCCUGUUCUCCCUGCCCCAGAACCACUCGCUAUUUCCCCAGCCAUGCCCACCACCCUCCCUUCCUUAGAUGCUCCCUCGACAGUCCAGAAAUUCACCGUUUUGAAAGGCAUCACCGCGCCGUUGCAUAUUGAAAACGUUGAUACCGAUAUGAUCAUUCCCAAACAAUUCCUCAAAACCUUGAAGCGCACUGGCCUUGCCGAUGCCCUCUUCUUCACUCUCCGAAAAGACCCUCACACGGGCAAGGAUACCGACUUCGUCCUCAACCGGACGACCAUUGGCAUUUCGCGUGUCGGAAGCGGCAGCCAUACAAUGGCGCUGCAGCAAGGCUAG